AUGAAAUUGAACAGCAAUACUAUAAUUAUUGGGCGAAACGUAGUACUAGUACCCUACCGAGAAUAUCAUGUACCCAGGUACCAUAAAUGGAUGAAAUCUGAAGAACUUCAGAAGCUUACAGCCUCUGAACCAUUAAGCCUCGAACAAGAAUAUGAAAUGCAAAAAUCUUGGCGAGAAGAUGAUGAUAAAUGCACGUUUAUAAUACUAGAUAAAACCAUCUUUGAGAAAAGUAAUGAAGAAACAGUUGCAAUGAUUGGAGAUACCAAUAUUUUUAUAACUGAUAAAGAACUUAGAGUUGGUGAAAUAGAAAUAAUGAUAGCCGAGGAAUCUGCCAGAGGAAAGAAGUUUGGUUGGGAGGCAGUUAUCUUGAUGUUUCUCUAUGGAAUUCAACACAUAAACUUAAAAACAUUUGAAGCGAAAAUAUCUCUGUCUAAUAGUAUCAGUAUCAAAAUGUUUCAAAAGUUAGGUUUUCAGGAAAAGUCUCUAAGUGAAAUCUUCCAAGAAAUUACAUUAGAGAAGGUAGUAAACACAGAAUGGAUAAAAUGGCUGAAUGAACAAGCACAAUAUGAAAUACAAACAUCACACUGA